AUGGAUACAUUUUUAGCAAAAACAAUUUGUAUAUUUAUUUUUAUUAUAGUUACAACAACAGGAUGUUUGAUACCCUAUUUGAUAGGAAUAUAUGGGAAAAAGCAUGAAAGUCAAAAUGAAAAUAAAAUAAAAAACAUCCUUUCUAAUUUAAAUUGCUUUGGUUCAGGUUUUAUAUUUUCAAUUAUAAUGUUUCAUUUAUUACCAGAAACUAUUUUUGUUGCAAUUGAACAUGAUAAUAUGAAAAUUUUCAAUUCGUAUGAUAAGGAGAUAAAAAUUCUGUAUAUUUUUUUUUUUGUAUUUAUUGGAUUUUGUAUGCAGUUAGCUUUAGAAUAUGUUCUCCCAACGGAUAGACAUAUUUGUUGUGUUCUUCACGAAAAUGAGAAUGUGAUUCCUAAUGAAAAUUAUAUCAACAAAUUAGUAAAAACUAACAACAAUUCUCACAAUUUAGAGAUGCAUAACGUGAUUAUUAAUGAAGCUCAAUAUCUUCAUGCAUGCGAAAAUCAUAAUAUCACAAAAAAAAAUUCGUGGGAAUUUUUACAAGUUUUAACUAUGCAAUCAUUUUUCUUAACAUUAUCGUUAGCUAUUCAUUCAUUCAUUGAAGGAAUGGUUGUAGGAACGUCAGAUCAAGUAAACUAUGUUUUUAUAAAUUCAUUUUGUAUAUUAUCUCACAAAUGGAUAGCAGGAAUAACAGUUUCUAUAUCAUUAAAUCAGAAUAAUUUAAGUAACAGUUUAAAGAUAAUUUUAUUGAUGAUAUUUAUAAUUUCAUCACCAUUGGGAAUUAUUUUAGGUUAUGUAGUUCAGGCAGCAGGAGAAAAAAUAACUUGUAUAAUUAAUGCUAUUUCUAUAGGAACUUUACUUUUCAUUGGAUGUGAAAUAUUAUUAAAUGAAAUAAAUGAAAAAUUUAGUAGGAAGGUUAGAUUUACAAAAUGGAUUAGUUUUUGUUGUUCAUGUAUUAUUGCAUUUUCAAUAAUUUGCUUAAUGGCUCAUAUUUCUCCACACACACAUUAA